CCAAACUUUCACACAGCACAGCACAUUGGUUACAAAACCUGCUACGGAGGAGUAGUUGCAACUGGUCAUUUCUGAGAGCAUUUCGCUACAUUGUAUACCAAAUUAUCUACAGUAAAGAAAAUGGACAGGACAGUUAGCCUUCCGAAUCAACCUGACAAAACCACCACAGUGAACUUGGUGGAGAGCAGCAGCAACCCCAAUGGGCUGGACCUAGUCAGCUCCUACCAGACCAACAGGGUGGGAGACCCCAUGGAUCUGGUUGCUCUGGCAACACAAGUACAACGGGGAGAUGACUUUGUCAGAGCCAACGCCUGCAACAGACUGACAGUCAUUGCUGAUCAAAUUAGAUACCUGCAGGAACAAGCCAGAAAGGUUUUAGAGGAUGCCAAGAAGGACGCUGAGCUGCACCACGCUGCAUGUAACGUCGUCAAGAAGCCAGGGAACAUGUAUUACCUGUACGAGCGGCCCUCCGGACAGAAAUACUUCUCCAUCCUCUCUCCUCAGGACUGGGGCGCCGGCUGCCCUCACAAGCCUUGUGGUGCGUUCAAGCUUCAAUACGACAUGUCCUGGACCCCUAUAGACGACGUGGAGAAGAAGGACGCUGAAAUUGCCAUCAUGGACAAACUCCUGAGCCAGCAGACAGCCCUGCCUCCCUGCUUAGAGGCCAACUUUGAGAACAUCUCGAAGUAGAGCUGCAACCUGGAACAGGACCGUCUUAAAGGGGCCACAUUGAGUGGCAUUAAAAUGGUCUUACUGGACAUACAGGGACAGAUUUGCUAGUUUGAGAAACAUAAGCUAACUUGGGGGGUGCAUGCAAAGUAAAGGCCAAAAUGUGUAUUACAACACAUUAACAAAUAUUUGUUUUGUUUUUAUUCAUUUGGCGCAAACUUUUAGGCAAGCUCAGUAAAUCUGGUCCCAUUGGGGUUUUAUUGUGAAACUUUAGUCAUACAGAACUGUUUUAUUGUGUGGAAUCCUUCAUUACGUCAAAGACAAUUGUACGGUCUUCAAACUGCUCAAAUGGAAAGUCUUGAAGACAGAGUUUAUGGGAAAUAUCCCAUGUACAACAGCAUUAGGAAACAAUUCAAGGUUCUAAAUGGUUCUUUCCAGUUUUUCACCAAAGGUCUUUCAAGGAAUGUAUUUAUGAUUUACUUAAAAUAUUAAAGCAUAUUCCUUUUCACACAAUGGGAAACUGCUAUAUCACUCAAAUGACCAUCUCUAAUAGUAGAUUGGUGUCCCAAGUCUUAAUUCUAUUUUCUUCCUUAUGUUUUCAUGGGGGACCAGGCAACCUGUUCUGUAAUUGGAAUGCAUUUUCUGUUUUUGGGACCUGCAAAAUGAUUGUACAGCUGUAAUAAAAUAUUUAAGUAUGGCA